AUGUAUGCCCUUUUUGCUCAGCAGCUUCAGAAUCAGCAAGCCAUCUUUUCUGCCAGUGUGUUGGUCCCUCUUCUGUAUGGUGUGUGUGAGUCUAAUGAGGCGGAGUUUCGGGCUUUGGAUAAGGCGAUACAAUUGUCCACUGCAUUCCGGACUUUAGCUCAAAGCCAUGUAAUUAUAGAGACGGACUCAAAAAAUGUGUUUGCAUGGGCUGCAAGGGAGAGUGAGGUGCCUUGGAAGCUUACUCAAAUUCGAAAUGCAAUAGAGAGGGUUAAAGUCGUGAGAAGGGACGUUCCACAGCAGUAUCAGGUAGUCCCACCUGUUGCUGUUGCACCGGUUAUAGAGAUGGCUGGGCGAGCCAUUAUAUCACUCCCUCGUGUCAGAUAUCUUUCUGACAUGAGGUAUGAUACAUGCAUCAUAUGCCUCAAUGAUUUCAUAGAGGGAGAGGAGUUAGUCGCUCUUCAGUGUGAUCAUGUGUUCCAUUAUCGCUGCAUGGAUGAGUGGUUGACUUGGGGGACAGGAUGUCCCAUAUGUCGUGCUAGUACGACUUAG